GGUAUUGUGGACUUGUUUGGCUGGUGAUUACGACAGCGACAGAUGGUCGGCGUGCUAUAUAAUAAGCUGCGUUGCUCUCUGGGUAAUGACGGUACAAGCGUCAUCCUCCCCCACGCCGCAGACUCUGCACAUCUCUCUACCCGGUGAAACGAAGGCUGGACGGCUCGGGUGCCAUUUGGCGCAGUUUUGGGCUAUAACCGCUAACAAAGGGAGUUCCGUUAUUUAUUUAUCGUCGUGUUUUUUCAGUCGUGUUUAAUAUAUUUAGCCAUCAAACAUUAACAAUGAGCUCAAUCAACGUGAAGAAGCUGAAAGUGAACGAGCUGAAGGACGAGCUGAAGAAGCGUAAUCUGUCGGACAAGGGUCUGAAGGCCGAGCUGAUGGACCGCCUGCAGGCCGCUCUGGACGAAGAGGCCCUCUCUGGAGAAUCCCCGCUAGACCAGGACGCCGCUGGGAGCCAGGCUUUCGACCAGGCCGCCGACCAAGAGUUUAUGGGAGAGGAAGAAGAAGGUGAGGGCCAGGUGGAAGAAAGCAUGGAGGCCAACGAAGACGACGAGGAGGAGGAGGAAGAGCCGGAGAACGGAGGCAACGGCGAGGGCGCUGCCGAGGACGAGGAGAUGGGAGAGGGAGAGGAGGAAGAGGACGAUGAGAUGGACCCCAUGCUCAAAGUCGCUGGGGACGACAUGGAGAAAGUGGAUGCAGAGGAUGGUGAGCCCGGGGACCAGGCUCCUGAGGGGGAUGCGGACAAAGACACGAAUGCUGAUCAGAAGAAUAAGAAGGGUGUUAAGAGACGCCGGGAGGAACAUGGAAGGGGCUACUUUGAAUUUAUUGAAGAGAACAAAUACAGCUGGGCCUCAUUCAAGUCUCCUGUGCCCCCCCUGGAGGAGGAAGACGAAGAGCUUGAUGAGACAAAAGUCUGCCUUGAUGCCUACAACAGUGACCUGCACUUCAAGGUGUCACGGGACCGAUACAGUGCCUCAUCUCUCACCAUGGAGAGCUUUGCUUACCUGUGGUCCGGAGGCAAGGCCACUUUUGGUUUGAACCAGGGCAAAGCUUGCUUUGAGAUGAAGAUUACAGAGAAAAUCCCUGUGAAGCACAUUUCCAGCAAGAACAUGGAGAUCCACGAUGUGCAGGUCGGCUGGUCCCUGGCUACUGGCACCCUUCUCCUUGGCGAGGAGGAGCACUCUUAUGCGUACUCUGGGAAGGGCAAGAAGACCACCAACUGUGUGACGGAGGACUUUGGAGAAACCUAUGAGGAGAACGAUGUCAUCUGCUGCCUUAUCGACUUCGAGGGUGAGGAGUUUGUGGUGUCCUUCGCAAAGAAUGGUGGAGAGCCUGCCGUUGCUUUCACAGUCAGUAAGGACUCCCUGAACGGCCAGGCCCUGUUCCCCCACGUCAUCUGCCACAACUGUGCUGUUGAGUUCAACUUUGGUCAGAUGGAGACUCCAUACUUCCCUCUGCCCCAGGGCUACUCUUUCAUGCAGCAGAUCCCUGUGAGUGAUCGAGUCCGUGGGCCUAAGGGGCCACAGACCAAGGCUGACUGCGAGAUCAUAGUGAUGAUUGGCCUGCCAGGUUCAGGGAAAACCACAUGGGUGAAGGACCAUGUCCAAGAGAACCCUGGGAAGUACUACAUCCUUGGCAGUGACACUAUUGUGGAGAAGAUGAUGAUCAACAGUCUGAAACGCCAGUCCAAGGACAUUACAAAGCUCACCGCCAUCUCCCAGAGAGCACCACUGUUCUUGGGAAAGUUUAUUGAGAUCGCCGCCCGCAAGAAGAGAAACUACAUCCUGGAUCAUACAAACCUGUCCGCCCCGGGCCAGAAGAGGAAGAUGUGUUUGUUUGCUGGCUUCCAACGCAAGGCUGUGGUUGUCUGCCCCUCUGAUGAGGACUACAAGCAGAGGGUCCAGCAGAAGGUCGAGAGUGAUGGCAAAGAAGUGCCUGAACACGCCAUCCUUAAGAUGAAAGGUUUCUACUCUCUGCCAGAUGCUGGAGAGAGCUUCAAUGAGGUCAUCUACGCUGAGCUGCAGAAGGAGGAAGCGUGUAAGCUGCUUGAGCAGUACAAAGAGGAAAGCAAGACCGCUUUGCCAGCUGAGAAGAAACCCAACCAGGGAAGCACAACACCAAAGAGAGGUGGAGGUCAACGCGGCGGCGGCCGGGGAGGCAAGAACCAAUUUGGCCGUGGCGGUGGACCUGGACAGAGAGGUGGUGGCCGUGGAGGCUUCCAGAACAGAGGCAACUUCAGAGGAGCUCCUGGCCCUCGUGGCUGCUUUAACCGUCCUCCUCGUGGCUUCCUACCUCCCCCUACUUUCAGGGGAGGGUACCCCAACCGUGGAAACUUCAACAGAGGUGGACCCAUUCCCAGCCUGGGUGGAUCCCCCAGGGGUGGACCCAUGAGGGGUGGCAACAUGGGACCGAGAGGAGGACCCAUGAACAGAGGUGGUCCGAUGCACAGGGGAGGGAACAUGAACAGAGGAGGUGGAGGCAACAUGAACCGUGGUGGAAACAGGGGACACCCUGGACAGUUUCACCAGAGGGGUGGUAAUCGUGGCAACUUUGGUCACAAAAAUGGCAACUAUGGAAACAACAGGAAUGGCAUGGACAAGGCCCAAGCCUUCAACCAGAGCUGGCAGCAAGGGUUCUGGAACCAGAAGCCGUGGAGCCAGCAGUAUCAGCCUGGAUAUUACUAAGACACUUGUUCUUACGGACUGGUGGCCCAAAGUGAGACCCACCACUAGCCACGGAACAUCCCUCCACCCUGCUUUCGAUUUUUCUUGUCAUAGAACCCAGUUUUAAUAAUCUUAAAUCCCCCUGACUAUUUGCGAUGUUGAGCAACAACAUUCCACAUCAGAGAGGAGACCAGGCAACCUGAGUGUAAUUGCGGCUUUAUAUAUCUAUAUACACAUGUAUGACGUGGGUUGAGUCUCAUGCAGUCAUCCAAUCAUUUUUUUGUUGUAUAUUUCAUUCUUUUUUUUCACAACUUUUAAAUGACAUGCUUUUAAAACUAGAAUUUCAUGUUUGUAAUAUCAGGAACCAGAAACAUUUUGAAAAACAUACUUCAAGAAUUUUUUUUUUUUUUAGGGUUAUGCAUUUUAUCUGUGCUGUGAUUUUUGUUUUGCUUUUUUUAUAACAAAUUGUAAAUAUUUUUUCGCGUAGUUUCUAUGGGUAAUUUGGAAAAAAACAGUUAUGAUUGGAAGGAACCUUGACUUGUCAGUGAGAAGCAUGGUUGGUGAUUAUAUUGUUAGACUGUACGUGUCAAUAUAGUCUACUGUCAAUCAGUUAAACUGAAUCAACAGAUGAACUACAGCAAGCUUUUGUCUUUUGUUCCCAGUAUCAAACCUGUAACCGUAACUCCGUAGACCUACAAUAAACAGCUCAUUGGAUUUUUUUACGUUC